UUAUUACUGUUAUCUCCUCGAAGCGCGAGAUACUCCGUUGUAAGUAUACACCCAUUGUAUGUGUACGCCGUUACACUAUGGCCCUUUUAAAGCUAUCGUCGUUUGUUGUUGCUGUGUCUGUUGUUAUUUACGUGUACACAGUGAAGAACAGUCAGAAACUGCACGUACCAUUUGGUGGACAUUUCCAUCCUGAUUUUAAAGACGUGGUGGACAAAUUCAGGAAGAACUUAAACACAGGAGUCGAGGUGGGAGCAUCGCUGUCAAUUUUCCACGAGGGAGAGCCUGUUGUAGACAUUUGGGGAGGAUUCGCAGAUGUGACCACUAAAAGACCCUGGACAGAGAACACAUUGUCCAUCAUAUUCUCCACAACUAAGGGAGUUACUGCUUUGGUAGUGGCACUGUUUGUAGAAAGGGGAUGGUUAGAUUACAAAAAGCCUGUGGCGUAUUAUUGGCCAGAAUUUGGAAAUAAUGGCAAAGAAGAAAUCACAGUGGAAUUGUUACUAAGUCAUCAGGGAGGUUUGUCUAUCACAAAUGGAACAUUUCCGAUACAGUGGAUUGUUGACGAUCCUGAAAAAGUUUACAAGUUUUUAGAACGACAGACGCCAUACUGGAAGCCCGGAACUGGUUACGCCUACCACUCCAUCACGUAUGGGUUGUUUGUUGACUCCCUAUUAACGAAGGCGGAUCCGAAACACAGACGGGUGGAUCAAAUAUUUAAAGACGAAAUAGGAGAUAAAUUUGGGAUAGAACUAUACCAUGGUCUUCCAAACAACUUGUACUACAGAAUGGCUAGACAUGAACCAAUGUCACUUUAUUCCAUUCUGUGGAAAGCUAUGUCGUCGCUGGAUUUUGAACCGCUCCGGAUAAUUUAUAGAUUAUUUGACGCUGAAUCAAUUUUUAUGAAAGGAGCAAGAUCUGGAACAGAUAGACUCCCAUCGGAUAUAUCAUUCAAUAACCCGGAGUACAACAAAAUCCCCCAGUCUUCGAUGAAUGGAUACAGUAACGCUAGAAACCUGGCCAAGCUUUUUGGAAUCAUCGCCAAUGGCGGGAAAACUGACAAAGGAAUUCUUCUAUCAGAGAAGGCGAUUAAGGUUUUAGAGGAACCGCUUACCUUCGGAAAAAGUGUCGAUGGAUUGCUAAAUGAACAGUUUGGACGUGGAGUCAUGGUUAUGACAGAAAAUGGACAACUGAUUGGGUUUGGACAUCCAGGAUAUGGAGGUCAAAUAGCAUACGCUGAUACUAAAAGGAGGACAGGGUUUGGUUAUGUCACUUCCAGAUUAAAAGAAUUGAGAACAGUAGUUUUUUACCCAGAGGUCAAGGAGUAUAGAGAAACAUACUACAAGUGCCUACAGAAAUAUCUCGAAAACAAAAGAAAAGGGAAACUUUAAUUUCUAAAAAGAGUGUUAUGAUUUUAUAACUUGAUCAAAAGUUGCAAUGUGGGCAUGGGUGCACGCAAUAGGUAGGAAAGCAAUCAGUUUGUAAGAUGAAUGGACAUAUCCAAAUUGAAUAUUCAGUAGAUGAAUGACAUUAUGCGUACCGACCUGUUGUAUAUAUUAUCGGUUUGGAAUAUUCGAUUAAACGAUUGAAAAUAAACAGAUAGUUGUCGAACUUUCAAAUUUCAACCAUAUCAAGGUAUUCAGUGUAUAACAACCAUAUUUCAUAUUUAGUAAAUGGGAUUUUUGUAAUCAUUGUAUCAUUUUCAUCAAAUAAAAAUAAUCCACCGUAGAAA